ACGCCAUCCUGCCGCCGCGGUGAGCGGGGCCGGGCCGCGGCCGGCGGUGCCCGCGGGGCGCCCGGUGCCGCCGGUAACGGCCGGUGCUUGUCUGGCAGGGAGUGGCAGGAGGCGCACAAGCUCUGGGUGCAGGAGGUGUCCACCGCGCCCAGCACCCGCCGCGACGUCGUGCAGCUGCAGGAGCAGCUGGACCGGCAGCUGCAGCAGCGGCAGGCGCGGGAGACCGGGCUGUGCCCCGUGCGCCGGGAGCUCUACACGCAGUGCUUCGACGAGCUGAUCCGGCAGAGCACGGUGAGCUGCGCCGAGCGGGGGCUGCUGCUGCUGCGCGUGCGGGACGAGCUGCGCCUGACGCUGGCCGCCUACCAGGCGGUCUACGAGAGCAGCGUGGCCUUCGGCGUGCGCAAGGCGCUGCAGGCCGAGCAGGGCAAGGCCCACCUGGAGAAAAGGAUUGCAGAGCUGGAAGAGGAAAAGGAGGCGCUGGAAAAACAAGUGAGUGAAGAGAAAGCGAAAUGUGAGGCCAUUGAAAGGCAAGAAACUGAACGGAGGGAAAUAGAAGAGAAGAAACACAGUGAAGAGGUUCUGUUCCUCAAACGGACAAACCAGCAGCUGAAGGCCCAACUUGAAUGCAUCAUUGCAGCAAAGAAUUAAUUGUUUUGUUGUCCUCAAGGCAGGCUCAGAAGAGCUGUCAGAGCAAGAAGCUUGCAAUUAGUGACAAAGAUUUGUCUUCCUAAAAUGAUCUUGAGUUUUCACUUACCAGUAACAGCAGGCAGUGUAACUGUGUUCUUUCUUUCUCUCUUGAGGAGCUGAAAUUCAAGAGCUCCAUUAAUUACUGCUCCCUCCUUCAGAGCCAUCUCAGCAGUCAGCUCUUUGAACAGUGAACUUGCCUGUUGGUAACGUGCUAAUGACCUUCAAAGCAAUAACUAAUAAACAUUUUUAAAUGCAAA